AUGACGAAUAGUGAACAGUUGGUGGCGUUGACCGCUGUAGACCAAGGUUACGAGAAUUUAAUUUUAUUUGCUGACGACAUCGUAUUAUUAUUCCACGGUGAUAAUUGGCAACAGGUGUAUGAACAUGCGGAAUCAGGACUCAAGAACGUGACAGCCUGGCUUGAUAACAACUUAUUAACCCUUAAUGCAACAAAAACAAAUUAUCUUUGUUUUAGCAAGUCUAGCAACCAUAAUCUAGUCAAUCACGGACUAAAAAUCACACUACAUACCUUUGCAUGCAACAAAGAAAUAACGAAGGAGUGUACCUGCAACAUACUUACAAGAGCAAAAAGUAUUAGAUAUCUCGGUGUUCAUGUAGAUGACACUCUAAGCUGGAAAGACCAUAUCACACACAUUUGUUCACGGGUCAGGAGGCUAAUUUAUAUAUUUAAGCAACUGCGUACCGUAGCAGACGUAAGAACUCUUAUCCUAACCUAUAGAGCGCUCUGCCAAAGUAUCUUGUACUACUGUAUCACAGUAUGGGGCGGGGUGCCGAAAUCAAGACUGAUUGACUUGGAAAGGGCACAAAGAGCAAUAUUGAAGGUACUAAUGCGCCUCCCGUACCGACACCCCACCACUGCUCUGUAUGAAGAGUCAAGAGUGCUUUCUGUAAGGAAGCUCUUUAUACUACAAUCUCUUUUAAGGCUCCACCGCACCACAGCUACACUGUUAAUACACUCCUCAAAAAGAAAAUUUCGCUGCCCCAUUCCCCUCACAAAAACCAGCUUUGCACAAAGGCACUACAACUUUCUUGCGCCCUGGAUUUAUAAUCAAGUACAAGCGCAGAGUGAUACCAACAUUGCAUCUCUAAGCUAUUUCACUUUCAAAAAAUAUAUCACACAAUGGCUAAUAUCACUUGACUAUGAUGGUACAGAAAGUUUUUUUAAAAAUAGUUCAAUAAAACAAUCAUUACAAGAAGACGCUGCCUCCUGA